AUGCCCUUGAUAACAUUCACAGGGUUGCCUUCAUCGGGUAAAACAAAAUGGGCUAAGAAAUUACAACUGUUAUUAGAAGACAAAAUCAAUUCUGCUAAAGAAUCGAACGGACCAGGACAUAACUAUUCUAUAAUUUAUCACUCUGAUGAAACAUUAGGAAUUUCUCACGAUUCAUACAAAGAUUCGAACAUGGAGAAACAUGCUAGAGGUAGUCAAAUGUCUGCUGUUAAAAGAGACUUAUCUCGUACUAAUUUUGUUAUUUUAGAUUCUUUGGCAUAUAUUAAAGGGUUUAGGUACCAAUUAUACUGCGAAGCGAAGGGAGUAGUAACACCACAUUGUGUUAUCCAUGUAAUGAGCUCUUUAAAUACGAGUAUUCAAUGGAAUAAUGAAAAUAAUGACGAAAAAAAGUGGGAUGAUGAACUUAUUAAACAAUUGAGCAUGAGAUAUGAAGAACCUAAUAAUGACACUAGGUGGGAUUCACCUCUAUUUACUAUUAUGUCUGAUUAUGACAAGGAGACAUUACCAAUAGAUGAAAUUUGGGAUUGUCUUGUCUUGAAGCGUCCUCCUCCUCCUAAUGCAGCUACUUUAGUGAAACCAACCUCGGGAAAUGAUUUUUUGCAAGAACUCGACAAACAAACACUGGCAGUAAUAGGCAAGAUCGUUCAACACCAACAAUUAAUGAGUAUUGGGGGAGAAGCGUUAAUAGAUAAAGAAAAGAAAUUGUUCAUCGAAAUGCCUGCUACAAGUGUAAGUAUAGCCCAGUUACAGCGGAUAAGAAGGUCAUAUAUCAGUUUGAAUAGAAUGAGAAGUGUAGAUGUUGAUAGGAUCACUCCAUUAUUUGUUGAGUACGUCAACAGAAGUCUCGAUAAUGAUGAUUGA